UUGUUGACAAUUUUCAUUAUAAAAUUCUUUUCUAUUUAUUUAAUUUAUUAAAUGAUAAUGUAUUAUGGAUAUAUAUAUUAGUGUUCAUAUUUUGAAGUGCGAUUUGUAUUAUAUAAUCUAUAACAUCUUAUUAUAAUUUUCAAAUGCGGACCUACAAUUAAGAAUAUUUUAACACAACUUUAAAGAAUCAAAUUACAACGAUGGAGUCUCUAAAUGCUUGCCGCUGCUGUCUCUCUUCGGGCGUUCACAAAGACUUAUUCAAAAGUUACAUCUGGCUAGAUAAAAAAGAAGUGUAUUCUGAAAUGCUGCACGAAUGUUUUAACAUAGUGCUGAGAAUGACAGAACACAGCAGUAGCGCCAUCUGUGAGGAGUGCAUUAAGCUGCUCCGCCGGUCCUGCAGCUUCAAACAGCUCGUGCUGCACAACGAACAGCAGCUUCUGAAGGUGGCAACGGAUGUACAAAUUAGUGAUGAAAAACCCGUUGACAUCAAACUGGAGCCACCGCAGAAUGACGAUGACUCUGAUGACUAUUUCCUAUCAGACGCAGUUUCAGCAAAGGAUGAAGUCGUUGGAAACGUCAAGGUCGAAUAUGAAGAACCGAAGAAGAAGACGGAGAAGAAAAAAGUUUCCGUGAAGAAAUCUGGAAAGAAAGAAACUUGGCAGUCGCAGAAAAUCAAAACAUUAGUCAACAGGCUCACCACUUCUAUAAAUUCGACGGACCCGCCAGACAAGAGGAAAAGCAGCAGGGCAGUCAAGGCCAGCAAGUCCAAAUUGACCAUAUCUCGUGACAAUGACAGUAAAAUAAAUAUAACCUGGACUGCGACCAACAAUCAACACAAAAUCAAACACCGAGAAAAUCUUAUGACUAUAUUAAAAUACUCGAAUGCUUUACCGUUCAAAAACAAGAAUCUUUUGGGUUACCAGUGCGGAUAUUGCGACAGUACUUACCCAGAUCCGUUGGAUUUGAGAAGUCACACGGAUUCUAAUCAUAAAAUGGAGCGGCUCGAGUACAAGGCGAAUUUCGACUUUGAAUACAACGUGAAACUGGAUAUAACAGACUUGGUGUGCACGUUAUGUGACGAGAGGAAAGACGAUCUCGCCAAAUUAAAAGAGCAUUUAAUGAAAACCCAUGAGAAAAUCAUCCAUGAAGAUAUUAAGGACCACUUGCAGCAGUUCAAGUUGAAGAAAGGCGAAGUGUACGACUGCGCUAUGUGUUCAGCCACUUACGAGACUUUCAAGAUGUUGAAACAACACAUGAACAAACAUUACAGGAACUACACGUGCAGCAAUUGUGAUACGUCAUUUGCGACCAGAAGAUCUUUGAACGCCCACCGAGUCACUCACCAGGAGGGCAGUUUCAAAUGUGAUCAUUGCGAGAAAGUAUUUUCCAACAAGACAAAAAAGCAUUAUCACGAGAAAACUAAACAUUUGGGUAACCGCAGCAUCGCUAACUGUCCGUACUGCAAUGAGUCAUUCCGGAGUUACUAUCAGCGUAAUCAACAUUUGAUCAAAGUGCACAAUUCUGAAACUCCGUACAAGUGUAACGUUUGCGACAAGGAGUACGCGUUGAAAUCUCUUCUGAUGUAUCAUAUAAAGAAGAGUCAUUUGAUGGAACGGAACUGUCAGUGUACGGAGUGUGGCUAUAGGUUUUUCAGUAAGAAAGCGCUCAAAGCUCAUAUGGUGAAACAUACCGGAGAGCGGACAUUCUCAUGUGAAGUGUGUCAUAAGUCGUAUGCCAGGAAAUAUACCUUGAGGGAACAUAUGCGAAUACACAAUAACGAUAGGAGGUUUAAGUGUGAGGUCUGCGGGUUGUCGUUCGUGCAGAAAUGCAGUCUGAAAAGCCAUUUGCUGUCGAAUCAUGGUAUCACAAUGGCCGCUUGUGACAUUACUUCUGUGUCGUAAAUUAUCAAAGCCCCAGUAUCACGAGCUAAGGCUGAUUUCAUAGUCAGCGACGGCCUCACGCGUGCGGUUACAAUUUCACUACAUAGUAUAUAGUAACGCAGUUCAAAUGCGCCGGUCGUUUUAACAAGAUACGCGCAAGGAAGUUCGUUUCUCAUUAUGCCUUGCCCGGACCGAACUCGGGACCUCCGGUGUCACAGACAAGCACUACCGAUGCGCCACAGAGGCCAUCUUGAAUUCCAGGAAAAAUAUGUCUUAUAUUUGAAACUUUGUGUUUUGUCUACCUAUGUUCAUACAAGACAGACUUUGGAAUAGAAAUGUUCUUUGGAAAAUGAAGAGAGAAUUA